GCCGCGAUCGGUUGUUUCAGGGCACGUCAUGGCGAGGUGGGGUUCGCGCUUUCCCCUCCAUCUCCGAGCUGUUGCAACACUUUCCUGCCUGCCUUCGAAUCUUUUCUCCAAACACAACAGACGUUCAACUCAUCAAGAAACAUCAAAGGGAACCCGAAACCAAAUAUAUACCGACAAAAACACCGCCACAAUGGUCAAAGCAGUUGCCGUCCUCCGUGGUGAUUCCAACAUCAAGGGCACCGUGACCUUUACUCAGGAGAACGAGGGUUCGGCCACGACGGUGGAAUGGGAUAUCACUGGUCACGACGCCAACGCUGAGCGUGGUAUGCACGUUCACGCUUUUGGCGAUAACACCAAUGGUUGCACCAGUGCUGGUCCUCACUUCAACCCACACAACAAGGAACACGGUGCACCAGAGGACUCAGAGCGCCACGUCGGCGAUCUCGGAAACUUCAAGACCGAUGGCCAGGGCAACGCAAAGGGCUCUGUCCAGGACAAGCUCAUCAAGCUGAUCGGUCCAGAGAGCGUUCUCGGCCGUACUGUUGUUGUGCACGCUGGCACUGAUGAUUUGGGCAAGGGCGGACACGCUGAGAGCAAGAAGACUGGUAACGCUGGUGGCCGUCCAGCUUGCGGUGUCAUUGGUAUUGCUGCAUAAGCUUUGCCAGAUUGGCAAUGGAUACAUCAAUGCAAUGAGGAGGGAGAUAUGUCUGGUGUGAUCACACAUGGGCAGCAGUAGUGGUAUGAUGAUACGAUGAUGUGAAUGAGAAAAGACGUAUGUGUAGAUGAAUAGUACAUACAUACUAUCGGCAAAAGCACAAAGUUGAUGGUAUAUUUGUUCUUCUCGCUGCACUGUGAGCACGAUGUCUCACCUUGUGGAACACGCAUUGAUAACGAGCUUGAAGAUAGGAAAAUAUGACAUGAAAGGCGAUAUGGCUUUUGAGAUCACAUGUAUCUAUCCUCAAUUCCCA